AUGGAUUGGAAAAGUUCACCAAAGUAUGGAGAUGGGAUUGCAUGGUUUAGGGGUGCAAUGAUAGGAAAAGGGGGUUUUGGGCGUGUUUAUUUGGCUACUUCGAAGAAUCCCAGAUCAAAAUACAGCUGUUUUCCUUCUGUGAUGGCUGUAAAAUCUGCUGAGGUUUCUGUUUCUGGUUCAAUUCAGAAGGAGAGGGAGGUAUACAGCAAUGUCAAAGGUUGCCCUAGUAUAAUUAGGUGUAUAGGCGAAGAGACAACAAUCGGGGAGAAUGGUGUGAUGGCGUAUAAUUUGCUUUUGGAGUAUGGUUCUGGUGGAACAUUAUCGGAUAGAAUCAAGAAAUUGGGUGGCAAUGGAUUAUCUGAAUCCGAAGUUAGGGUAUAUGCGAGGUCUAUACUUCAAGGGUUAAAUCAUAUUCAUGGCAUUGGUUAUGUUCAUUGUGAUUUAAAACCCGAUAAUGUUUUACUUGUUCAUAGUGGCCGAAGAACCAGGGAUUAUGUGUUUAGGGCGAAAAUUGGCGAUUUUGGGUUGGCGAAGAGGGCGCAGGGGAACAAGAAGAGGAAAUUGGAGCCUUAUUUGAGGGGUACUCCGGAAUAUUUGGCUCCCGAGGCUGUGGUGGAUAAUGUGCAAGAGUUUCCCUCUGAUAUUUGGGCAUUUGGGUGUAUUGUUCUUGAGAUGUUAACCGGGAAACCUCCUUGGAAUGGGGAAAAUGAAUCAAAUGCAGAGGAUAUUCUUCGGAAGAUCAAAGAAGGGUGCGUAUUGCCAAAUUUUCCAAAUAAUAUAUCAAAGGAGGCAAGGGAUUUUCUUAAGGGUUGCUUUGUCAGGAAACCAAUGUUCAGAUUGACAGCAGAAAUGUUGUUGAAUCAUCCGUUUUUAGAAGGCUUGGGCGACGAUGGUGAUGAGGAUGAAGAAUUCGAGGAGGUUGAAGAUUUGAAUGAGAUUGAGUCUAUUCUGUUAGUAUAUGCAAGUGAUGAUGAAUUGAAUAGUAGCUCGUCUCAAGAUUGUUGUAGCUUCGAUGCUGGGGAGGAGUCUGAAGAAGAUGUUGAGGACGAACUCAUAUCCAAUUUCGAUGAAGAAAAUCAGAAGAAGAAACUGAGGCUGUCAAGAGCUCCAUCUCUGAUGCUGGGUUCGACCAAUCAAUCAAGUCAUCGAUACAGAUUUCAUCAAAAACAAACCAGGAUAUGA